AUGGAUCCCCGUCACGAUGCGUCGGUCCUCCCACAUGGACAUGAGCCAGAAUCGCCUCCGCCGCCGGCGAACAGUCGCCGGCGACUAUCCAUGGACGAAGACCUGCACUAUCAACGGAUCAUGACGGAGCAUCCCCGACGACCUUCACGCCCUCCACCGUACCAAGUCGACGAUCCCAAGCGAAGAGACGGGCAAGGAAAGGAUCAUUCGAGGAAUGGAAAAGGAAAGGCCGUCUUGGUCACGGCUGCGGGAGGCAUUGGAGGUGCCGCGGGGCCAUUGGAAGGCAAAGAGAUGCUACCAGCCUACACAAGCUCUGUCGAGCUCGAAGGGAUCUUUAUGAAGAAGCAUGAGAUCGAGGAGACCACGAAGCGGGCCGAGGAGCGCCGGUGGCACACAACAUUCGUCUCGUUGACAGGCACGGCGUUGAACCUAUACACUGUCAAGAAGAAUCGGACCUGGGGUAGGACCAAGGACGGCCCAUCAGUCAGUCCCGACAAUCCGCCUUGGAUGCGCAAGGCAAAGCUUGAAAAGAGCUACAGCCUAUUGUACGCGGACGCUGGCAUUGCGGCUGACUACAAGAAACGUCGUUAUGUUAUCCGAGUCCGCGCCGAGACUGAUCAAUUCCUCCUAUCCUGCAUCGAGCUGAGCACCUUCAAUAAGUGGCUGCAAGGCCUUUUCGCCGCGAUCGAUGUGGCGCUCCCCAUUGAGGAUCGUGAUUUCCCCCGAGACAUGUCCGUCCCCAGGAUGCAGAGGGUGCGUUGGUACAGAGAACACUCACCAGUACGCCAAGCUGCGCCAGCUGCUCAAGCACAAGCGACCGAGUCUUCUUCCAGUCGUGCCGAUGCUGCCUCUGCCACAAAUACCGAAGUUCGUGCAACAGGGCACCCAGGUCGUCACCUGCGGAGGAGAUCGUCUUCCCCGGAUCCGUUGCCUGAUCAAGCUGCUCCUACACGGCUGGAAGUAGCGCAUCGGCUGAGUACGACAUCGUAUCCAAACGAAGGCAUUGAUCCUCAUGAUGGCAAAUGGGUACCCGAGCAUCGUUGGACCAGCGCUCACGAUGCGUUGUAUGCCAAGCUUUGCUACAGCAACCUCUUAUUCCGCAGCCCUCGAAAGUCCAGCUACAUUAUCAAGGAAGGCAAAAAGUGGUACGUGGAUUGGGCUACGGGACGAAUGGUUCGUGUGCUACCACCGGCGUACGGCGAGUCGGAUCAUUUCGGCCCCUGGCAGGUCAUCCACACAGACAACAUGCGGCUUUAG